AUGGACCCAAAUGUGUUUUCCAACCAUUUUGUCUAUGAACCCUCCACAGUCGCUCAUUCUUCUUCUGUUCCCUCACCAGCUGCCACCUAUGGCUCACGAGGGAGGAAGCUGCCGCCUUCGGUUCACCUCAUGUGGUCUGGUGUUGUAAGUUUCACGGACACCGUUCCCUAUGCUCCAAGCUCCCUUUUCUUCUACUUCUUGCUCAUUCCACUCUUGAUCUAUGGUGUAUGCUUACUGAUCAUUGUUCAUCCACAGCAGCUUCCGACCUCUGAAUUGCCGAGCAAUAUGUCUCCAACAAGCCCUUCCUUUUCAACUUUGGCCUCUCCCAACCCAUUCGUGCAGUUGGCAAAUAAUCCUGCUAGUUACGGGCUCGGCAACCAUCCACACCAAGUUGAUGCUCCUGGUGGCGCUCAUUUCCCAGGUCCCUAUAAUCCUACUCGGAGUCUGAGCCUCAAUUCGCCUGUCUACUCUCGAGAUGUUGCUCCCUCCUUUAAUCUUAGAUUGAACGUUGACCCUACUGGGCCGCCCGCUGGCCUGGCUGCUGCCUCUCCGAAUCCCCAUCAUCUCACCAUCAAUUACUCUCGACACAUUCAGUUUCGGUAUACGGUCAGGCCUGUAGCAGCUAGUACAGGGCAGGGUCAUUCAGAAAUGGUCUUGCAAAUGCCACAUGCACAUGUUGCCGAUUCAGGGGCCUUGCUACCCCAGCAGACACAAGGUCAAAUUCAAAGUGCAUCACCAUCAUUAACCAUUUCCGAUACCGAUCAAUUCACUCGACUUGAAGCGCCAGAUAUCAAAAUUGUUUUUGAGAACCCCAAAAAUCCUUCCCCUCGUCCGUAUAAGAAACGGAAAACAAAUGAAGAAGCGAAAAAGCAAAAGGAGGAUAACCGCCUUUUGAAAGAGUGUGGUGGUGCCUGUGUCUGGUGUUAUAAGAACAAAAAGGGAUGCGACUCUGAACAGAUUUGUGCCCAGUGCACCGCGAAUGGUCGAGUAUGUUUUCGUGGCUAUUCACAACUAUGGCUGUUCAUCCCUGUACUCGAGAAGCCGGAGAAUCUUCAGAAGGUUUCCAAAGACCGUACCUUCCAGCGCGCGUAUGAGGUACUGAGUCAUCUAAAGAACACAUGGUCUCAGCAGCCUUUCGUCACUCAAAUCGUUGCGGAUUUCCGACGAGGCGUUCAUGGAUCUCCCAAUCUCCUGGCCGCUAAUAUCUCCGAACUGAAAUGGCCUGUUGAUGGCACUAAAGGCAACAGUCUGAAAGAGAGGUGGAUUACUCGCUUGCUGGCAGACAUCAAAGUACCAGAACUCAACUAUCUGGUUAUUGACCCCGCGGAAUCCCGUAUUGUCAAGAAUGCGGUCGAAAUGUUGAAAUUAUUCGCAACCAUUGUAACGCUAUUGGGUUCACGUGUGUAUGUUUCGCCGGCGAAUAUGGGAGUCGCGCAAACCACCGUGUUCUUUGUCUUGACUCUUCUUGCGAUAACCCUUGGUGAGACAUCUGCCGACUUUUGCUUGGAUCUCUGGAAAAGAAUUCGUGGUGAGGAACUUCGUCGGCAAAACACCAGUACAGAAGAUGCAGCAGAAACCCGGCGUGUGAACCCACUCUGGCUUGCGAUUGGUAUCUAUCACGAAGUGAUAGUCGGCCUUAUCAGCAACUUGGAGUCAGGUGGACUCGUCUCCAAAAUAUUCGAUUUUGAUAAUAUUGGAUCGCAUUUGGAUGCUAUCCGAUCACGAAUCCGUUAUCUGCUGACCAGGGUGCCGCCGUCUCAGGGUUCUGGCAGUGAGCUACUGAAUGAGUCCAAGGUAGAUAACUGUCUAUCCUCGAUUGUUCCUAAACUUCCCGUUCUGGAAGGCGGGUAUGACAUCGCUCUUUGGGCCAGUUACUCAAAAACCCAGGGGCCCACUUCCACGACGGCCUCUCGACAAGAAAUGGCAUAUGAUCAGCCGCAGUAUGAGAUGGGCGACCUCUUCAACGAACAGUUCGAUAUCGAUAUGAUUCGUAAGGCUUCUGCGGGACAGGUGCCUUGCCCGCCAGCGAGCUACUCCCGAUGCUUGCCUGCAGUGGGCCGCCAAGCUGUCACGGAUCAGGACGUCUCAUGGUCUCCCUUGGAUGAACGACAAGUCCUCAUGGGCAAUGAUGGCGCAACCUCGGACAGGCAGACAACUGAGGAUGAUGCCCUCUUUGAUUAUUGGACCGAUUACGAUCAGUAUUCCGUGACUUCUAGACUCACAUCGACGCAAACUGACAGUCUGUCUCCUGGACCGCAAAUUGGAAAUAAGCCUCAUCAGCAAGGCGGAGCGGAAACUCUAGAUGCUACUGAUCAUGCCAGCGACACCGCCUAUGCGAGUACUCACCACGACCCUCUUGUUGAUGAUAAGCCAUUAGACUUAGAUUCGUUCUCCAGUUUUGUUUUUGCCUGA